AUGGUUCUCCAUCCAGCUGUUCUUGAAUUGGGCCAACGCAUAUACUCUGCAAGAGCUGUGCGAUUCCGAUUUGGUCAUGCCAAGUCCCUGGAGGAUAUAGAGGGUGAUCUCAUGCAUCUGCCAUUACUACAACCUGUAGAUGACAAGUUCAUAUGGACAUACAUGUCAGUAGAGUUUCCAAUGGCUCAGGUAAUGAUGGGUUUCAUUGUUUGGUGGCUACAUGAUGGAACUCUAAUGACUGGUUUGGUAGGUUGGAAGGGAAACCAAAAGGUAAUGCCGAAACUUACGAUGAUAUCAUCUUUUUUUGCAGUGAUUGCAAAUGGACUUUGUAAGCAGCUGUGUGUGAGAAUGUUUCCGCAGCUCUCCAGUGUUGCUCAUGUGAUUGAAACUAGUUGCUGCUGCUGCAAAGCAAAAAAAUCGGUUGAUGUUGAAUCUAGCAAUCUCAUGGAAUGGGAAGCUCUUGAGAGGGACCACAGGGGCCUAGGCUCCUCUAUUUCGAGCUCUUACAGGGUUUGCAUUAAGUGA